AUGUACGACUUCUUCCUAUUCGGCCAGAUCUCUCAAGAGCUCAUGCGCACGAAGGAGGCUACAUACGGAGAGACAGAUAAUCUUGGCCGACACUGGACUCUAAACGUCGCCGACCUUAUUCUUAGCAGUACAUUCAACUGGGCUUUCAAGAUCCUCUUUCCGAGCUACCAUUGGACUCUGGUAGCUCUGAACGUUGUACUAAAUAUGUUUGUCUUUAGCCAUCAUGUUGUCCAACUGUGGUCACACAAACAGAUCACGAGGCUGUCGAGAUGGAAUAGAUAUGCAUGGAGAUGGCGGGACUUCUACAUUGAGCGUGCCUGCUUAUGGACCAUUCGGUACCUCGACGUUCCAGCAGCGAGAAUUAUGUUGAGCGUGUGGUGGACGACAUGCCACUGGUUCUACAGAAAAAUGACUCCAGAUCUGAUGAGGCGGCUGUCCUUGAUCUGUUCCAUUAUGGGUAUGGUUUACUGGUCCAACCCGGACUCUCGCUAUCUGAGAUCUGCUAGAAACAUGCUGUUAGCAUAUUCUCUGUGGAUGAGGGAGAUAGCGAAGUUCACCAAUCCAAACCCACCAGAAUACACCUACACCCCUUUGAAGGGUCCAGAGGACAUUCGUGUACUCCUUCUGCACCCCCGUUUUGGGUUCCGGCCAGUCUGCUGCAGCCUGGUGCAAGGCCCUCAUAUGCGACUCCUGCUGUAUGAAGCUAUUUCGUAUACUUGGGGAAAGAUGGAUAAAACCGAGGAUCUCGACGGUCGUCGGGUCGCCAUGUAUUCAACUGAGGAGAUACUUGUCGACGGUUGCAAGAUGAAAAUUCCCAAGAGCGCCUUUGAAAUCCUUGCCAGCUACAGUUCUCUCUUCUUUCCACGACUUCUUUGGAUAGAUGCUAUAUGCAUUGACCAAAAGAACGAAGCCGAAAAGUCUCAACAAGUUCCAUUAAUGAGAAAGAUCUAUCAGCACGCGCUCUUCACGACCGUGUUUUUAGGCCAGUUCCCGAUACAGCAGGGCCAGGACAACAUUAGGGGAUCCUUGUUGCCUUUUCGGUAUGACGGCAUCUAUCCCAUCGAUGCGAGGUCACGAGCACAUUUCAAGAAUGCUCAAUUGACGUUUGAUCUAUUCAAUGAGUUCCGCAUCCUCAAAAAACCAUUGCGACGCUUUGGGAAGGACAUCUACGAACUUUAUGAAUCGCUAUGUCGCGCCGAAUCAAAGCCACCUCAGUGGGCAGCACUUCUUGAGUUGCUGCAACACCCUUGGUUUGAACGCGUAUGGGUCGUGCAAGAAGUUGCAAUGCCACAACACGUGCAAGUGAGGUACGGAGAUGAAGUUAUCGAUUGGGACAUCAUUGCGAGCGGAGUGGAGAUGAUUCAUUCCUCUCGACAGUUCCGACUAUGGUUGGAGUUGGCACACGAUAUUCAACUCCGGCACGUUCAGCACUCCAGUCUCUACAACAUCAUCCGAAUGCAACGCUUCCGCCAAAAGCUUCACUCCUCGGAAAGUUGGCGUAGGGAAGAGAUCAAGAUUCUUGAAGCCCUCUCACAGAGCUUCUAUUUUAAAGCAACCAAUCCUCGCGACCACAUCUAUGGUUUGAUGUCCUUCUGCGGAGACCCUGUUGAAGUAGAUUAUGGAGCUUCAGUGGAGGAUACUUUUUUAAAUGCUGCAACGGAGCUCUUUGAGAGAGCGGGCGGGAUACGUCUCUUACUCCAUGCUGCGGGCUUGGGUAACAGAUAUGAGAUCCCCACCAUCACACUGACACUGCCAUCUAAGACCACCACCACCAUCUCAUCGACACUACGGCUACCAUCUUGGGUCCCUGACUGGACUAAUGCACCAAAAUACGACAGAUUGCAGGACUCCGACCGAUAUCUGCGCCCGAAAGAGUAUGAAGCAGGGGGGGAGGCCAUACUCACAGUCAACAUGAAGAAUGAUAGGGUUCUCCACCUCUCGGCUGCCUGCAUAGACGCUGUCUACGAGCUUGGGACUCCACUUUUCAUUAUGGCGGAUCAGGGUGUGAUUGGCACAGCAGACGAAAUGUCCCAUCUGGCAGUUAACUACGAGGAGUGUUGGAAGACUCUCACCAGUUCCCCGUGCACGGACGAUACAUAUGCGCAUACUUCACCAAAGCAACCGCUGAAGGAAGCGUUCCACCGAACACUACUAAUCAACAGGCCCUUUGAGUGGGGUAAAUCGCUCGAGGACACCCUUGUGUCCUUCGCGAAAUGGGCUGAGCAGCUCAAAUUCUUUCGUUUCACGUCGUUUGCUCAUCGAGAAGAAGAAGUAUAUCAACUACUGCAAAUCAUGGAUAAGAUCACUAGUGCGGUCGAAUCUUCUUGCGGUGGGAGGCGGUUGUUCAUUACAAGAAAGGGAUAUAUUGGACUAUGUCCUCCGCAUACGAAGACAGGAGAUCUUCUAUAUGUUGCUCCAGGACUUCACGUUCCCAUUCUGUUAAGGCCGGAGUCAUUCGUCAUGCAACAGUAUCGUGGAACUUCAACAUCUGCAUCGACUUACAGAUUGGUAGGGGAAUGCUACUGCCAUGGACUCAUGAAUGGGGAAGCAAUGCCAAAGAAGAUUGAGUUGGAAUCUACAGAGCCGGAAUCUAGAGACUUGGGAUCUGUAGAGUGGGAAUCCAGGGAGUUGGAACGUAUGAUGUUGGAACUUAUAGAGUCGGAAUCUAUACAGUGGGAAUCUAUAGAGUUGGUUUGAGAAUAUUGCAUGACUUGGCUAGGCGAGUCGGAGCCCCAACUCUACCACGAUUGGCUAGGGCGAAAGUUUGGUGAAGCCAAUAUUUUCUAUUCCUAAUUACAUAUUAUAUGGCUACUUUACACAGUACGAUGAAAAGAAAAAGGGGAACCGCAAUAUGUAUAGACAAGUAUAGGCUUGCACUCGACGUUGAGUCGAAAUGAGUAGUAUCUAACCCCCGGAUU